CGUAUACUAUCAAAAGUCGACGACGAGAUGGCGCAGAUAUACGAUCAUUCAAACAUCAGGAUCGCCACACGGGCCAAAGAAGAGCAUGGAUCUUUCGACACUGUAACGACUGUGCUUGUGACUGGCUAUGGUCCAUUCCUCCAAGAACAUGAGGACAAUUCGUCAUGGCGUAUAGCAUCAACUCUACCCUCUAUUCUUCCAGCUACGAGAGAUCACCCUAUCCCCAUCCGGAUUGUCGUCUACCCCUGGCCGAUCCGCGUGUCCUAUCAAGCAGUCCUGGACCUUGUCCCUUCGCUUGUAGAGAAGGUCAACCCAGAUAUCAUCUUGCACAUCGGCCUAGCCUCUGGUCGCAACUUCUACGCCAUCGAACACGGCGCCCACAAGUCCAUCUACGGUACGCAUAUCGACGUUGAUGGCCAAGGCUUCCCCCAAGAACGCAGUGACGAAGCAUUUGGUGACCUGCCCAGUAUCCUCGAAACGGGAUUCGACGUCCAUGAUCUGUAUCGGCGCUGGAAAGCAGAAAUACCCGACGCUAACGCAGACAUCAGAACCUCACCAGACGCUGGGAACUUUCUCUGUGGCUUCAUCUAUUACACGUCGAUGUCGUUGUUCGCUAAGAUGAAACGUGCGGAGCGGCCAGUAAUGUUUUUCCAUGUUCCAUAUCUAUCGACGGAGGAACAGGUAGACGAGGGGAGGGAGGUGACGAAAGGGUUGAUCAGAGCGUUGGAUGAAAGUCGGGCAAGGCGGGGGACGCAUCAUGGGAAUGUGGGUGCUGGUUCUCGUAACACCUAAGGGCUCUCCUAACUAGCUUUCCAGUCGUAUGAAUGACAUCCAUUACUCAGUGUAUCGCUG